UUUUUUUUGGGGGUAUAAAGCACAAGGCUUGGGUAUAAACUUUAUUUUUUUUAUGUCUAUGUCUACGUCUAUAUAUGUAUCUAUAUCUAUUUCUACGUCCAAAGCACUGGUCUGGAUAUUAUUUACAGAGUAUGUCAUGUACAUGCGGUACCAGGCUUGAUUUUAUUUACAGGCUUGAUUUUAUUAACAGGCUUGAUUUUAUUAACAGGCUUGAUUUUAUUUACAGGCUUGAUUUUAUUUACAGUCUUGAUGUUAUUUACAGGUUUGAUGUUAUUUACAGGCUUGAUGUUAUGUACGGUCUUGAUGUUAUUUACAAGGUAUAUUAUUUACAUUUAGCGCCAGGCAUUGAGGAUUUGGCUGUAUGUCUUGAGUAUAAAGGGUACUUUUAGAGUCAUGUUUCUUGUCUUUUUCUAUAUAUAUGUUGUCUAUAAAGUGUCAUUUUUCUUAUCUACUUCAAUUUCUAUGCUCAUAAGCUAUCGCUGUCCUUGUCUAUUUCGAUGGUAUUUACAGGGUAGUUCAUAUACAUGUAGCAAAAUAUGUUUGAUAAUAACAGGGUAUGAAGGGUAUCUUCUAAGAAAAAAGGGUAUGUUUUGGCACUAGGCUCGGGUAUAUGGGAGGGGGGUAUAUUCUAUGACUAUAGCACCAGGCUGAAGUUAAUGCCUCUAUUGGGCAUUAUUAAUCAAAA